AUGGACACGGUUAACAGUUUAACACUACGAGUGAUGAAGGUGGCAAACACUGCACGCACCGACUUAAAAAACGUAAUGGUCAACGGGCAACAGUACAAUUACAAUACACGUCGCAAUGGCCAAUGGGCAACAGUACAAACUACGAAAUGUAGACGAUAUACUCGUAAACGUCGUAAAGACGCAGACGCAAACGAAUACGACACAGCCACACAGGUCAGUACACUCAGUAGUCGCAAACACGAAAGAUCAAAGAAUUAA